UGACAUUCAUUACAGUAUCCGUUUUUAUACACCAGCCUCCACUUUUGGGUGUCCGCAAAAGGAUUUAUAGUUGUUGACAAAUACAUUCAUAAACACAUAUCUGCUUAUAACUACAUUGUAGUGUGUUAUAAACCAUUUAUUAAGUGUUUAUAUAGCCUGUUGCUUAUAAAUGCUAAAUAGAGGGACUUAAAGUUAAGUGUUAACCAGUGUUUUGCUAAUACUGACAAUACAGUAUAUUGACUUUGUAUGUUAGUGCAUUGUGGGCACCCACUGUGGUGGUGGUAAAUAGAAAGGGUUUAACUAUGACCUUGAAUAGUGGAGCCAUUAGGGGUAAAAAAAACAAAAAAAAAAACAACAACCCUCAAAUACUUUCAGCCUCUAAACCCAUACCAGCUAAGACAUAAAUAUAUGACAAAUUAGGAAACAUGUAUCUCAUAGUAAUUAUUUUUUCAUCCUGUUUAUAGCUCACAGUUAUUAUAUGUCAUAUAUAUUACAUUUACUUUGUUCUAAACUGAAAAUAAAGAUGUGUGAUAGUCAUAAGUUGUAAUUUUGACUUACUAUACGGUAGGGCAUGGUUGUGACAUAUAUAUUAGGUCAAAAUUAGGAACUAUAAUCAUGGAGUCUACAUAAACAUAUUUCAUCGAGAUGUUUUUCAGCCUUCAAACUUGAGUUUUGGUUGGCUAAAACCUCCACUAAGUUACCUCCCUGUGCGAUCAAUGGGCGUAAACGUUGGGUAAUAUUUUGGUUGUCCAGCAGAGUUGCUGCAGGUUCAGUUCUGCCCCCCUGUGGGUAAAGUAACCAACGCAUGGGAGUUUGUAUGCUGCUGCCAAGGUUAGUCAUUAACCUUGUCUUCCCAGUCACUCAGGGCACCGAAGGCGGACAGUACUGUGUCCAAGGCAUGCUGCCGCCCAGCCGACACAUCUUACCAUGGGCGACUGUAACCACUGGACACAAGAGCGGGCUUUAACCGUAACAGACGACAUAACAGUAGUGUUUCACAAAGUUGACAGCCAUGGCGAGAACAACGCCGACGACCUCGACGAGUGUGUCGAUGAUGAACGGACGGCAGAGAGGAUUCACUUGCGAAGUAACCCUCGUCGUGUGUCGAGUGAUUGUGAAGAAGAUGCCGUGGAGAAAGAGGAGGCGACGGGAAGCGAAAAUUCACCGGAAGGCAGCGAGAAGAAAACGCUUUGCCCGCCGGCGUUUUGCGUCAGAAGCGAGCCCGCAUCCCGUGAAGGCUCAGAGAAACCAAAGAAAUGUCCAGGUCUCGGUUUGUUCUAUGCUUUCCUGUCCACAGUUUUCUUCUCCAUCAUUGCCCUAUUGGUGAAAACCAUCCAGGGAAUCCAUGCCAUAGAGAUCAGCGCCAUACGCUGCUUCUUCCAGAUGCUCUUUAUUAUGCCGUUACUCAUCUACCACAAGACAGGUUUCCUUGGUCCCAGAGAUAAACGUGUAUAUCUGGUGCUGCGGGGUUUCAUUGGUUCCAAUGCCAUGAUCCUGCUCUUCUAUGCCGUUCAGCAGAUGCCGCUAGCAGAUGCCACUGUCAUCAUGUUCAGUAACCCAGUCUUUACCUCGCUUCUGGCCUGGAUUUUCCUGAAGGAGAGAUGUACAAUCUGGGACUGUGUCUUCACUGUUUUUACCCUCUCUGGAGUCAUCCUCAUCGCCCGACCACCAUUCCUCUUUGGCGAGGAUGUCCAUGGCAUUGAGGGCAACUACACUAAUCACAUCAAGGGGACUAUUGCUGCCUUUGCAGGAGCGCUUGGGGCUGCUUGUACAUUUGUUGUCCUCCGCAAGAUGGGGAAAAGUGUCCAUUACUACCUCUCAGUCUGGUACUAUGCUGUCAUCGGUUUCAUUGAGUGCAUCAUCACUGUUUCCGUCCUUGGGGAAUGGAAAAUCCCAUUCUGUGGCCGUGAUCGCUGGAUGCUGAUGCUGAUUGCAGUCCUGGGUAUCGCUGGCCAAACCUUCCUCACAAAGGCCCUGCAGAUCGAGAAGGCUGGACUCGUGGCUCUGAUGAGGACUGUGGAUGUGGUGCUGGCAUUCAUCUUCCAGUUCAUUUUCUUUAACCGUGCACCGACCUGGUGGAGCCUCGGAGGGGCGCUGUGCGUAGUGGUGAGCACCAGUGGAGUAGCACUUAGGAAGUGGUACACCAACAGUCGCAAGGGGGGAGGAGCAACAUAGAAAUCUUUACAUACUUUACUAUUUAUUCUUUUUUCACUAUCAUAUGUUCUUGAUUUAUUCUGUAUUUUACUUGUUAUUUACAUGCAAACCUGAGAAGGUUUAUGUUCUUUGGAGAAUUAAAACAGAAAUAUAGAAGGAUAAUCUAGCAGAGGUCAGUUAUGAGCUUGUGGUAGUUCUAAAGUGCAUUCUUUAUAUCUAUACAUAUUGAUUCUUGAGAAUCAACAUGCAUAAUUUAUUGUUAUGCAAUUGUUAUGAGAACAGCAGUUCAACCUUGCUGCCCCAAACCUUUUGCUGCUCCCCUGGAGCCUAUGUAGCUAACUCAGUUCUUAUUCAACAGGUAUUUCCUGUUUUCUUUGAUAAAAUGUGCACUGCCUAAAUGGGGUGAAAGUGUAAUUUCACUAUAAUGAAGCAGUUUAAUGAAAGAUACCCCCAGAUCCAUUUUCCCUUUGCUUUAACCUGAAUGACAUAGCCAAAGAGUUAUAUUGCAUUGGGACCAUUCAGACUGUGUUAAAUGACUCAGCAAUCAUAGUAUACUAAAAAAGUAUACUACAUAGCCUUUGUUGUGACUGUAUAUUUCAUUGUAUUUUGGUAUGUAAUAGACAUUAUCAAAGGAGUAGCUGCAAAAAAUACAGUAUUAUAUAUAGCUGGGGUGCUUAGAAUACAGCUACAAUCACACUGUAAGAGAAAGAAAUAUGCGAUGCAAACCAAAUAAGCAGUGUUAGCACUUAACAUCAGAUUCAUUACAGUUUUUUAGCAAAUAUAAAGGAUUUAUUAUAAAGACAUUGUCAAUUAACAUCGACUCAAGUAAUAAAACUAGAAAUCAAAAUUCCAAAAUUCAUAAUUUUUUACUUAAAAACAGGGUCAUGCAUGUAAGAUUCUCUCAGGGAUCUCCCACCACACUGAUUUUCCUUUUCAUCGUUGCUGUUUUCUCUUGAUAUAUCAAAAUAUGAUAAGUUAAUAUAACUUAUUAUCCAAUACAUGGAUCUGAUAUACACUGUAAGCUUAAUCAGGGUUUCCACCAGAAAAGUUAAAUUGUGCACUGAGUAGUGGACAGAGACAUCUGUCCUCCCUCCUGCUCUCUGCUGUAAACAUGUAGCUGUUAGUGAGCAGCUGCUCUCAUGUGUCCCAAGGUCUUGGUGCUUGUUUUUGGUAGAAACUCUCCCGCUCUCUGCCUGCUCUCGGAUGGUAAGCAGGUUGCUCUGGUAGCUGCAACCUCACCGUCGCACACAUGCUCUCACUCUCUCUAGACCGCACAAUCGCUAGGCACUGAGCUAUUCCUUAAAGGAGCUACGCUACUUAUACAACACAUUAUAGUUUAGAAUACAUCUUAAAAUACAUUCUAAAAAAAAUCCCUGAUGCUUAGGCCCAGCGGGGGGUCAACUCAUGCACAAUAGGCCACCGGGCUUUGAAUACACUGGUGGAAACCCUUCUUAAUCAUUUCUCAACUAUAUCUUGAAGUGCCUUAAACAGGGAACUUUAUCCUUCAGCUUCCCUUAGUGGAGAUGCUCAGAAACUAUCGGCUUUUGCUACUGGGCAGCUCUCAGGUGUGAUUGUGCAUAUCAAUAUGAAUGUGAAGCAGGGUGCUUCUGAAAAACAAGUCAACUCAAUAAGAAAUUAUUUUUAAAAUGCUUUAAAAGUUUAAAAAAUUAAGCACAUAAGACAUGAACCUUAUCCCCUGAUGACCACACUGAUUUCUUUACCAUCUCAUCUGAGCUAAAGCAUCUAAUUAGUGUUCACAAGAGUCUAAAAAUAUCUUUUCUGUGAUCCUCUAAGGUUUGCACUUUGUCUUUGCUAGAGUGUAGAGAAAGUAGCCUGCCACUAACGUUCAACACAUGAAUUGAUCAUCCGAACAGCUGCACACAAGGAUUGCUUUAAGAACUUCUUCAAUUAACUAAAGGACCUAGAAAGGAAAGAUGAGAGGUGAAACUACAAUGUAACAGUGUUGUUGUUUUUUUAGUAUGGACAUGCACAUCAUAUAACCUGCACCACUCAGUUUUACCUGUAGUAUCGUUUUUUGUGAUAGACUCACUGACUAGAAAAACAGCUAUUUGUGAUUCCUGUGCCAAGUUGAGAAUGUCUGUAUUCACCUUAUGAUUAUCCUACAAGGAUUAGUCGAUGAGUAAAACUCCCAGUAAAAAAAUAAUAAGUGAGACUUUAAAAUAGUCUUAAAAUAUAGUGUUUUGGAAUUUUUCAGAGCAAAAAUAGAAUGAAUCUUGUGCUAAAAGCAAUAUUGUCUGCCUUGUGUAUCACUGUCCUUAGUUGCAGUGUGAAUAAGAGAUCAUUUUGAUGUGUUAUUGUAUGUAGGAAACCCCAAAACUUACUGAUAUCAAGGGAUCGGGGUUUUUAGCUCAGCAGCACGUUCUGUGUUGUGUUUGGUAUACUUCUGUAUUUGUAGCUUUUAGCGAGUAAUUUCCUGCUGUUGUGGCUGAUGAAGUCACAGUGCAACUGCAGUCCUCCAUGUUUAAUUGGGUGCAAUACAGCUAGGAAAGGCAGGCGAUUAGAGCUGCUAGACUUCUACUUGAUAUUCCAAAAGUCAUUCUUGCUAUUUUUCACACACUGCUGUUUCUGUUCUUGUGUCAGCACAGUUACAUCAUCAGACUUGCCUCCAAUUAUAGUUCUUCCGUUUAUACAGUAUACUGUAUAUCACUAAUAACUGAACUCUUGAGUUUGCACAUCAUUAUUUUGUUAACAGGGGUCUGAAUGUGACACCUAUAUGACAGUGAUAUAUGUUUGUUUACUUUUAUUCUCUUCUUUAAAAAGUCAAACUGAUUCCAAGGGGAAUAUUUAGAUCUACAAUGGCCCUAUAUGGCUUGGCACACAUUGUCAUAUGUAAAACUUAAAAAAGCAAAGCUCCCAUUUUAUACUAGAGAAAGCACUAUAGAUUGACCUCAUUUUAUUUUUAUUUACAUGUAAUUUACUCUAUUUGGAAAUUGCACUUAACUGCACAAACAUUAUGCAACAAGAGCAACGAGAGGGAUUAUUCUUAUUAGGGUUGCACUGAUAUGACAUUAUAUUGUCAAUACCAAUUAAUUUUU